ACAGAGAAAGAAAGAAAGAGAAAAAGAAAGUUAAAAGAGUCAAUCAAUUCAAGGAAAUAACUAACUAUAGACAUGGAAAUGGUGAUGGUGAAGAGUGAAGGAAACCAAGUGAGGCGCCGCGCUUACAUGCCUGCAGAGAGUGAAGUUCAGGCUACAAGAUGUGUGAAAAGGAGGCGCAGAGAUCAUGUUGUUGCAGCUUCACGAGGUUGUGAUGAUCAGCAAACUGGUACUACAGCUACCACUGUGAAAAGAAGUUCAAAGUUUCGCGGCGUCAGCAGACAUCGCUGGACUGGUCGAUAUGAAGCUCAUUUGUGGGAUAAGCUUUCUUGGAAUGUCACUCAGAAGAAGAAAGGGAAACAAGUUUACCUUGGUGCUUAUGAUGAAGAAGAAGCUGCUGCAAGAGCAUAUGAUUUAGCUGCACUUAAGUAUUGGGGCACAUCAACUUUCACCAAUUUUCCGAUAUCUGAUUAUGAGAAGGAAAUUGAGAUCAUGCAAACUGUUACCAAAGAGGAGUACUUGGCCUCUUUAAGAAGAAAGAGCAGUGGCUUCUCAAGAGGUGUAUCGAAAUAUCGAGGAGUUGCAAGGCACCAUCAUAAAGGAAGAUGGGAAGCAAGAAUAGGGAGAGUUUUCGGAAACAAGUACCUCUACCUUGGCACUUACAGUACUCAAGAAGAGGCGGCGCGAGCUUAUGACAUUGCAGCAAUUGAAUACAGAGGGAUCAAUGCUGUGACCAAUUUUGAUUUGAGUACUUACAUCAGUUGGCUAAAACCUGGAACAAACAUGGUGUCUGGUGCUCAUGAGUUGCACAUAAUCACAGAACCACAACCAGUUCCAUCACCAACCAGUUACAUUCCAAGUGAGGACUACUCACCUUUCAACUCCAAUCCAUUCACAGCAGACUACUUGAACUCCCCACCAAAGCAAGAAGAAUUCAGCUUCCAAACCAAAAGUUCUUUUAACUCAUCAGGCAACAAAUCUUCAACCCCAACCGCACUCAGCCUUCUCCUGAGAUCUUCCAUAUUCAGAGACCUGGUGCAGAAGAAUUCAAAUGUGUCUUCAGACGAUCAAGAGUCUGAUGGGGAUGAAACAAAGAACCAACAAGCAGGCUCAAGCAGUGAUGAUGAUGAGUUUGGUGGGAUAUUUUAUGAUGGACUUGGAGACUUCCCUUUCAUCUAUUCUGCCAACAGAGACCAUAGCAUAGACUUUCAGGAAAGACAACACUUCAUUUUGUGAUCAAACAAGAACAGAUAGAUACCUCUGUAAAAAAAGAUGCAGCAGCCUUGUAAAAAUUAAGAUUUAUGUUUUUGAAUUUUUGAGUGGUUUUGUAAAUAGUUUUUGCAGUGGUUUGUUUUUGUAUCUUCCCUAAACUAGGACUUGGUUCAUCAAUGAGCCUUUGUAUGAAUUUCUAUAAUCAUUGUUUUAGUC